UCAGUUCAAGUCGAUGAUUGCUGCCGAGCGGUUGGGUUUUCAGUCCGUCAUAUGUAGCGCGCGUUGCCGUCGCUUAGAGCCGUCAGAGCAACUUCGUUCGCUUCGAAAUCGUUACAAGUGUGAACCCAAAUGAAAUUUGAAUUGAAUGCCAUAAUAUAGUUGGCAAUGAUCAUUAGCAAGUGCAAUGUGAGUGGGCAGCAAAAUGUAACAGUUGCCUAUGAAAAUCAAUGAGCAGCUGAAUAAAACUCAUCACGCGCACCUCGCACACGCACACACACACACACACACACACACAUUCACCCACACACACGCAAUCUUCAAUCAGCUUCGUGUACUGCUCGUGACUCGUGCCGCGACCGUGUGUGCGUGUGUGUGUGGUCCUCUUGCUGUGCGGCUAUGUGUUGUUGUGUGUGCUUGUGUUGAACGCAGGGCUCGAGUCCAGCUCGUUCCACAAUUCCUGUCGUUCUUCUAACGCUGCUCUGAUUGCAGGCCACGAGGCCGAAACGUAACGAAAACGAAAACGAAAACGCGAUGAAAAUUAAAGCUUUGCGUGGCAAAAAUCGCUAACCAAAAAAGCAACAAAGCAAAAAAGAAAUAAUGAAAUAACAUAACGGUAAAAAAAAGAGGAAAUUCACACACACAUAUAACAACCCCAACAAGUGAACACAAAGGAAAUUGUGGCCGGACAGUGUUGCGUAAAAGUAAAAAUUUCGCUUUUAUUUUUUUGGUCCCAAGCUCUGGCAAAAUAACGAAAAAAAAAAAAAAACAAAUAGAAACAACAACAAAAGAAAAUACAAGAAAAGUAUAUAAAAAACGAUUAUCAUCUGGUCCUAGCGAGCGGCGUCGCUUCUAUAAAUAACGUUGCGCCAGGCGCCGCUAAUUACGCCAAAACAUGAAAAUAAAAAGCAAAAGGAACAACAGCAGCAACAACAACGAGGGAAACUCGGCAAUUAAUCAAUUUUCCGCUUGACCAAUAUAUAAUAAAUUCAUUCGAGCUGAAUCCGCACGGAAGUUUGCACUAUUAUCAUAAUUAAAAACAAAAAAACAAAAAAAUAGAGCAACAGAAGGAGCACGAAAAGCUGAGGGAGGAGCAGGAGGAGGAGAAUCGGGAGGUUAGCAUAUCAGAGGAAAGCCAGUGUGGCAUGGCCUAGAGGAUACCAUCAUAUCACCCACACCAACACACCACAUAUCCACACACAAACACACUCAUUCAGCAUAUCCUAGAGAACCAUGGAGCUGCACUGGAGGCAGCUGUUGCUGCUGCAGCUAUUUCUGCUGCAACUGCCCCGAUCUCUGCUGGCGAAUCGCUAUAGUUCCGGCAAACUCUACGCAAAUGGAGGCAGCUCCAGUUCCAGUUCGGGGCCCAGUUCCGGUUCCAGUUCCAGCUACAAAUCGUCACAGCAACAGAACGAAGUAUACUCCAUAGCGGACAGCCAGCCCAUGACAGACGAUGGCUAUGUGGCGCCCUCGUUGGCCCCCUAUCCGUAUCCGGCCAGCGAGUUGGACAAUCCGGUGCAGCACCUGAGCAGCUGCCAGACGGUGUGCGCCUGCAAGUGGAAGGGCGGCAAGCAGACGGUGGAGUGCAUCGACAGGCAGCUCAUCCAGAUACCCGAUCACAUUGAUCCCAGCACCCAGGUGCUGGACAUGUCCGGCAACAAGCUGCAGACGCUAUCCAACGAGCAGUUCGUGCGCUCCAAUCUGCUCAAUCUGCAGAAGCUCUAUCUGCGCCACUGCAAGAUCGGCGAGAUCGAGCGCGAGACCUUCAAGGGGCUGACCAAUCUGGUGGAGCUCGACUUGUCGCACAAUCUGCUGGUGACGGUGCCCAGCCUGGCCCUGAGCCACAUCUCCUCGCUGCGCGACCUGACGCUCGCCUCCAAUCACAUACACAAGAUCGAGGCGCAGGCCUUCGGCAGCACGCCCUCGCUCCACAAGCUGGAUCUCUCGCACUGCGACAUCCAGACGAUAUCGGCACAGGCCUUCAGCGGGCUGCAGGGGCUCACGCUGCUGCGCCUGAACGGGAACAAGCUGAGCGAGCUGCUGCCCAAGACCAUCGAGACGCUGAGCCGGCUGCACGGCAUCGAGCUGCACGACAAUCCCUGGCUGUGCGACUGCCGGCUGCGAGACGCCAAGUUGUGGCUGAUGCAGCGCAACAUACCGUAUCCGGUGGCGCCGGUGUGCGCGGGCGGACCCGAGCGGAUCAUCGACCGCAGCUUUGCCGAGCUGCAUGUGGACGACUUUGCCUGCCGCCCCGAAAUGCUGCCCAUCUCCCACUACGUGGAGACGGCCAUGGGCGAGAACGCCUCCAUCACGUGCCGCGCACGCGCCGUGCCCGCGGCCAGCAUCCACUGGUAUUGGAAUGGCCGGCAGCUGGCCAACAAUAGCGCCUUCAGCGCCUAUCAGCGUGUCCACAUGUUCGAGCAGCUGGAGGGCGGCUUCGAGAAGCGCUCGCGCCUGGUGUUGACCAACGCCCAGGAAACCGACUCCAGUGAGUUCUACUGCGUGGCCGAGAAUCGCGCCGGGAGCGCCGAGGCCAACUUCACGCUUCAUGUCAGCAUGCGAGCCGCGGGCAUGGCCUCCCUGGGCAGUGGCCAAAUUGUGGGCCUCAGUGCCGCCCUCGUGGCGCUGAUUGUGUUCGCGCUGGCGGCCAUCAUGUGCCUGCUGCUGCGGGUGAAGCGGCAGCCGUAUGUGGACAGCAAGACGCCCAACCACAUGGAGGUCAUCACGUCGGUGAAUCACCAGAACUCCAUCACCAACAAGACGCAGCCGGCAACGGGCAAUGGCAGCAUCGGCGGCGUUGUCAUCGCUAACGGGGCUGUGGCUAAUUGCAUCGAUGGCGGAUUAGCGGGCGUGGCCCCGGGCACGCUGGAGCGCAAGGGCAACAGCAGCAGCGCGGCGUCAACGGGCGGAGGGGUGGGCGGAGCUGGCUGUAGGCGUGCCAGUGGAUCGCCGCACGAGCAGCGCAAUGCAAAUCCUGUCCAGAAGCCGCCGCGACUCACCGACCUGCCCUACUCGACGCAGGGCUACGACAAUGCGGGCAGCGUGCUCUCCACCGCCUCCUGCUUCAUCUCGCCCAGCGGCUCCACCGGGCAUGGCAACAAUCCGGAUCUAAUCAAUGAUACGAAACGCUUUGGCAGCGACGAGUUCUGCGACCUCAAGCUGCCCGCCAUGGAGCUGACGAGCGGAGGCGGCGGCGGCGGCGGCAGUGGGGAAUACAGUCGGGCCAAUGGCUGCGACUCGCUGUAUCCGUCUGGGCUGUGGGAGCAUGCGGCGGUAGCAGCAGCUGGGGCCAGCUCGGCGGAUGAUCUGUUCAUGAAGCGCUACACGGACAAGACGCCCAUCAUCGACUCCAGCCAGCUGUACGAUCUGCACGAGCGGAGCGCGGCCAGCGACUACUUCAGCAAGACGUUCCCGCGCUCCCACUGCAAUGCGACGCUGCAGCAGAGUGGCGGAUGCAGUGCAGCAGCAGGAACCGGCGCCUCGACCACCUCGACGGCCACAACGAAUUUGUCGAGCGGCUCCUCCGGCUACCCCAACGACUAUGGGCUGCCCCUGGUGCCGGGCGCCGAGCAUCAGCACAAUCAUCAGCUGCAGAUGCAUCCACUGCAGCAGCUGCAGCUGCAACAGCAGCUCCAGCACAGCAGCGGCAGUCCGCACUUCAGCAGUCGCACCCUGCCACGCCUACACGAUGGAGGCGGCAGCAGCAGCGGCUCGGCCAGGUCAUCGCCCACGCCCGCCCAGGCCAUGGCUGCCCCGGCUCCAGCAAGCUCCAGUUCCUGCUCAAUACUGCCCAAUGGACAGCCCGUGAAUGCCAAGACGAUACGGGUCUGGCAGAAAGGGGGCGUGCCCGUGCUGCCGCCCGUCACAGCGCUGAAGCGGGCGCUGAUCAGCAGCAGCCGCAACUCCCCGGACGAGGGCUACCAAGAGGGUUGCGGCACCGACGUCUAAGCGCCUCGACUCCACAGUCACACAGACACUGGAAACCCCGCAGAACUGACUAAACUUAAACUGAGUGCAUACAGUAAACACUAACUAUAGCACACCCACACACACACACUCACACACACACAUAUUUUAUAUACAUCCAUGUGGCUCAUCGACUAGCGAGAGAAUCGGGCGAAUUCUCGUGGCGUGAAUUUGUGCAAGCGAACUGUUUGUGAUAGUGUCUAACUAAAAGAUAUGGCGAAUGAAGAUAAUAAACAAAGAAAAUUGCGAAAGCAAAA